GCCGCUGUCAGCCAAGGGGAAGGAAGCAAAGAACUCCACUGUUUCGCCUUGGGGGAAAUGCCUCAGCUGAAGUUUCUCUAGCUCCAGCUUAGUGGAUAAAGACGCGUCGCUUUGGAAUUACUCAACAGCAGCUGUCACUACUGACACCUCCAUCUGCCUUGAGAAAAUGUUCGCCGUCCACUUGCUAGCUUUCCAUUUUGCAAAGCUAAAGGAGGAUCAAAUAAAAAAGGUUGACAGGUACCUGUACCACAUGCGUCUCUCUGACGAUGUCCUGCUGGACGUGAUGGCUCGCUUCCGGGCUGAGAUGGUGAAGGGCCUGGGCAGAGACACCAACCCCACAGCGACAGUCAAAAUGCUGCCUUCAUUAGUGCGCUCGCUUCCUGAUGGCUCAGAGAAGGGUGAUUUCCUCGCCGUUGACCUGGGUGGCUCCCAGUUUCGUGCCCUUGAGGUGAAGGUGUUUAAUGAUGGGAAACAGAGCAGCCAACUGGAGAGCAAGUUUUACCCUACACCAAAGGAAGUCAUACAGGGCAGUGGAGCAGAGCUCUUCAGUUAUGUUGCUGACUGUCUGUCAGAUUUCAUGGAGUCCAGAAACCUGAAGCAUAAGAAGUUACCUCUUGGCUUUACGUUCUCUUUUCCAUGCAAACAGACCCAACUGGAAGAGGGAGUCCUUCUUUCCUGGACGAAACACUUCAAGGCCCGAGGAGUGCAGGGUACAGAUGUGGCGAGCUCUCUGCGCAAGGCCCUCCAGAAACAUAAGGACAUAGACGUCGAUGUUUUGGCGAUGGUCAAUGACACUGUAGGAACCAUGAUGACCUGUGGUUACGAUGACCCACGCUGUGAAAUUGGACUCAUAAUUGGGACUGGCACCAAUGCAUGCUACAUGGAGGAUAUGAGGCACAUCGAUUUGGUGGAAGGUGAUGAAGGGAGAAUGUGCAUUAACACAGAGUGGGGUGCUUUUGGAGAUGAUGGUGCUUUGGAUGACCUCCGCACAGAGUUUGAUCGGGAACUCGAUCUGGGAUCUCUCAAUCCUGGAAAACAAUUGUUUGAGAAGAUGAUCAGCAGCCUGUAUUUGGGGGAACUUGUAAGACUCAUUCUUCUUAAAAUGACAAAGGAAGGCCUGCUCUUCAACGGAAAAGCAUCAGCAGCUCUGCUUACUAAGGGCAAGAUUGAAAUGAAACAUGUGUCUGCAAUGGAAAAAUACAAGGAAGGUCUGAGCAACACGAAAGAGAUCCUCACAGAGCUGAACCUGUUUCCCUCUGAAGACGACUGCAUUGCCGUUCAGCGUGUCUGCACCAUCGUGUCCUUCCGCUCAGCCAAUCUCUGUGCUGCAGCCCUAGCAGCCAUACUGACCCGACUGAGAGAGAAUAAAAAACUGCUACGGCUGCGAACCACUGUUGGGAUUGAUGGAGGACUCUAUAAAACCCACCCCCAAUAUCCUAAACGCCUGCACAAGGUGGUGAGAAGGCUGGUCCCAAAUUGUGACGUUCGGUUCCUCCUCUCUCAGAGUGGCAGUGCAAAGGGGGCUGCCAUGGUGACAGCAGUGGCAUACAGGCUGGCCGCUCAGCGAAAGCAAAUUGAUGCUGUUCUUGCACCUUUCCUGCUAUCCCUGGAGACCCUCAGAGAUGUAAAGAACAAAAUGAGGACCGAGCUGGAGUAUGGGCUAAAGAGAGAGACACAAGACAGGGCUACAGUGAAGAUGUUGCCCACGUAUGUCUGUGGGACACCGGAUGGAACAGAGAAUGGAAAAUACCUUGCCCUUGAUCUUGGUGGGACAAAUUUCAGGGUUUUGCUCGUCAAAAUUAGAAGUGGAAGAAGGAGAUCAGUACAAAUGUAUAAUAAAAUAUUUGCCAUUCCUUUGGAGAUCAUGCAAGGGACAGGGGAAGAGCUCUUUGACCAUAUAGUCCAGUGCAUAGCAGACUUCUUGGAGUAUAUGGGGAUUAAAGGCGCCCGCCUACCUCUGGGUUUCACCUUCUCAUUCCCGUGCAGGCAAGCCAGCAUUGACAAGGGAACGCUUGUGGGAUGGACAAAAGGAUUCAAGGCAACUGAUUGUGAAGGGGAAGAUGUUGUUGAUAUGCUUAGGGAGGCCAUCAGAAGAAGAAAUGAGUUUGACUUGGACAUUGUAGCGGUGGUGAAUGACACUGUUGGGACGAUGAUGACUUGUGGAUAUGAGGAUCCAAACUGCGAGAUUGGCCUUAUUGCAGGAACAGGUAGCAAUGUGUGCUACAUGGAGGACAUGAAGAACAUAGAAACAGUCGAAGGGAAUGAAGGAAAAAUGUGCAUUAAUACAGAAUGGGGAGGAUUUGGUGAUAAUGGCUGCAUUGACAACAUCAGAACAAAAUACGAUAAAGAAGUAGAUGAAGGCUCACUAAAUGCAGGGAAACAGAGAUAUGAAAAAAUGACCAGUGGAAUGUAUCUAGGUGAAAUAGUGAGGCAAAUUUUGAUCGACUUGACCAAACAAGGACUGCUGUUCAGAGGACAGAUUUCAGAAUCACUGAGGAAAAGAGGCAUAUUUGAAACAAAAUUCCUAUCUCAGAUUGAGAGCGACCGGCUCGCCCUCCUCCAAGUCCGACGGAUUCUGCAGCAGCUCGGCCUCGACAGCACGUGUGAAGACAGCAUCAUUGUGAAAGAGGUGUGUGGGGCUGUUUCCAGGAGAGCUGCCCAGCUGUGUGGAGCAGGACUGGCAGCCAUUGUAGAGAAGAAGAGAGAAAACCGAGGUAUGGAGCACUUGCAAAUUACCGUUGGAGUAGACGGGACUUUGUACAAGCUUCAUCCACAUUUUUCUAGGGUCCUGCAGGAAACAGUGAAGGAACUGGCACCUCGGUGUGAUGUGACUUUCAUGCUUUCUGAAGAUGGGAGUGGGAAGGGAGCUGCUCUCAUUACUGCAGUAGCAAAAAGAUUGCAUAAUAUUGGACAGAAGUAAAAAUAAGAAGUGAAUUCAAUUCAUUUCAACAUUACCAGGCAUGCACACUAGAGAUUUGUUGACAAGUGAUUGAAGACAGCUUUGCCAGACACCAGCAUACAGGUACCUGUUUUUUAGGGAGCAGCUGGUUAUUGAGCAGCCAGGAUUGUGAAUUUUUGUCCCUUGGACAUCUCUUAGGUCUGAUGUUUCUUCUCCCCACCAUUAUGUCUUGAAACACUGCAACAUACUCAAUUCUCUACUUCCUGAAGCGCAUCUAUAACAUCUAUGGGAGAGUCAGACAAACAAAAAAAAACCAAUCCAACCAACCAACCAAAAACCCAACAAUGUAUUUUUACAAUUGUUUAAUUAAGCUACUGUAGCGCAAUCAAAUCUAUCACAAGUUUCAUAGAUUUGGUGUGGUUUUUAGUUUUGACUUGGCCUGUCUCAAGGAGUGUUGAGAUCUAGUGUUGCACAUAUCUAGUAGACAUGUUUGUUUAAUGCAUCCCAGGUUUUACAAUAAAUCUGCAAGUAAAUAAAAUGAAUGGGCUUUGGUCAGUGAUGCUUCCCCAGCACCCAGCUACAUUGGUUAUGAGUGUAUUGUAAUGUAGUAGUUCCCUGAAGUACUGGAGUGUGUUUAAUGAUGCAGUGAAAAAGAAGUGUGAUUCCAAAGAAUAUCAGUUUGUGCCAAAAUAUCUUGGUGCACUUCAGUGCACAUAGACAUAAACAGCACUGAAUGGAUUUUGAUUGUGAGUAAUUUUAUUUGAUUCUCGGGGAAAAAGAGGAUGUAAAAGCAGCUACAAGGUCUGCCACGUGUGUAUUAGAUCUGUCUAAAGGGUAACAUAAUGGCUCAUCUUUGGGCCAUCAAAAUAGCUUUUUAGAGAGGAAAAAAGAAUCAUUUGGAUUUCUGAAAUUCUCCUAUUUGUUUUCACUCAGUGAUCUGCAUGCCUGUUUGAGGGAGGAUAACUUCCAUUUUGUGGAAGGGACUUUAUCCUUGCUUUUUGUUGUCUGUUGCCUGCUGCUCUGCCUGUCUGCAGUUUGUCAUAAAUAAAUCCGUGGCGCUGUGAGUCUUUGCUUCUCUGCCUACUGCCUCUUCUGAGCAGUGGGAAGAACAUACAGGCAAGUCAGAACUUUCUUUAAAUCUAUGUAUAACAGUACUCUGCAGCAUUGUGGUUAUUACAAAAGUGGCUUUCAGACAGGACCUAAAUGGAGCCAAAUUUACCUCUACACUGAUAAAGCGCUUUUUAAUUUAUCAUUAGCUUACCCAAAGGCCUGCAAACACCAGGAAAAAUAACUCAUGCUCUUGUGUCACCAAAUAUCCUUCCCCUGAUGUACACAUUUCAGAGUAAACUGAAACAAUAAUGUGGUGCAGAGAAGCAGCAGGUCUGGAGCUUGCUAUUCUGUUCUCAGGUAUUGCAGGAUCUUCUGACAUCCUCUAUGCCUGAGUAUUUGCUUCUACUCAGGCAGGCAGCAGAAAGCGGGGCCCAAAAAUAUACCUAAGCCUUAGAUGGGUCAAAAGUAACUACUGUACAGGGGAUAAGCAGCUGAAUUCAUAUAAAAAUCUGUAAUAAGGCCGAUGGGUCUAAAUUUAGCAAUGGCAAGUAUAAAAAGUAAAGAUACCAACAUUUUUUGUUUUGUAGUUUUUUUAGAAGAAACAUUCAGCAUCUCUGUGUGUGUGCUGCAGCCACAGGAUGGUUAAAGAAUAAGAGCUGGGAAUAAUUUUUAUUUUCAGAAGGAGUUCCUCACCAUACAGAGCUCCCUCUGUGCAGGGAGGGCAACUGAGAAGAGAUACAUUAUGAAGUAGCAUGUACUGUUUUCUUCCUUCUGUCAAGCAGCUUAGUAUUUUAAUUUUGUCUUUAUUUCUGAAUCCACCGAGUCACAGAAACUGAAGCUUGCUAUGCAGGGGGUGCAAAGUUAUUUGGAACUGGCUGUUUUCCUAAUGAUGAACAGAUUAAAUUCAGUGGGACAAGGUGCAGCAAAAAGCUGUCCUGGCUUGGGGCUGUGUGGAGCCUAGAAAUAGCUCUUCUGGUUUGGCUGUUUCUCCCCUGGGCACUCUGAGAUCUUGUAUUUGUUGUGUACUUCUGGGUCCUUUCGGGGGAUUGGAUUGUGCUAAUCUGCAAAAGUGCGCCCGUGGGUGAAAUAUGUCCCUCUAUAGCUGGAGGGAGGUGACAUGGACUUGCCCCAGGAUGGCCACGUGAGUAUGAUGCAGAGAUCUAUUGCACUUCUGUUCUAAAGCCUGCUCUGCACAACUGGAAUGCAAAUCUGUAACAACACAAGGUAAACCACUUGCACAGAUCCUUGCUUUAGAAAUUUAAAUCUGUAUUGCUUUGAAUUUUCUUUUUAGUCUUUUUUGGGAAGUUAAAUAUGCAACAGUUUAUACCUCAGCUGCAGUAGAUUAGGCCCACACGAUUUAAAAAUAUAUAUCUUUUUACGUCUACAGGGUUUAUUUGUUUAUUUUUCUUUCUGUUGAAUCCGUGGGUGGUGUGGAAUCUGAUCACAUGAACUUGAAAUGCUGCUUGCUAAGUGCCUGGUGACUUACAGCUCAUGUUGCAGUCCCUAAGGCCCAGGACAUGCAUGUUCCUGCCUUUCCUGCAGGUUGCUGCAAACUCAGGCAGCUGCCCCAUGGGUCUGCUAACAUGUCUGCUGGGCAGGGAGAUGGCAUCUGGGCUGGGAGGAUGCAGCACUCGUGUCCCUGAUAGUGUUGAUGUGUGGAAACUCAAGGAGUAAUGCGAACUUGCAUACUGUCUUCUACGGAUUUUAAGCCACCAAACCUAAAUCUUUCUCUACGUGUUUUAUGUGGUGACUCAGAAGCCCUGUUUUAAAAUCAAAGGUGGAGGCCUCCCAUUAACUAUGAAAGAUAUUCUGAAAAACAUAGCACAAUUGGUUGCAUAAAAUUGUUAAU